UAUAAAUAAAGGCGAGGAGCCCGUUAGAUGAUUAUGAUCGAUCAAACUCAAAUUCCAGCUUCAAUUGUUUUCAAUCACCAACUAUGAUGUCGAAACAGAGUCCUGUGACAAGCAGCCGUCUUUGGCAUUUGUGCAUUCUGCCACAACACUGCGACCGGCGAUUCUAUGGUGUGUACGGUCGACUUAUGCAAUUCGGUGGUACCACUGCUUCUUUUAAGCUAGACGACCUUUCCGUCGAGCACCUGAUGUUGUAUUUUUCAACUGUGCUCCAAGGUAUCCAAAAUGUUUUCCCUGAUAUGUUUUUGGACAGCUCAAUCAAAUCGAGGCUUGAACACAUGGUCAUCCAGGUAGUCGAACCUGAAGACAUGCGGCGUAUUCGAGAUAUAUCUGACGAUACACAAACUGCCGCCCAUCUUACCGAUAGAUCCGCUGCGAUGGUCGUGCGAUUAAUUCUGAGCGAAUUUCUUCCUCGUCCAGUGGUUGAAAAUAUGGUUGAGGAUUACUUCCCAGAGGAUACCAGCGACCUCGAAGAUACGAUGACUACGGCAUACGAUCGCUACCGGCGCGCUGAUGGAAUUUAUGCUCUCAAGGAAUUGUUUAGUUCUGUCCCUUUUUCUGAGGAUAUGGCCACAGACACAGGUUUCUCCGGCAAGAGAAAAGGUGCUAAAACUGACAGCUCCUAUGUCAACACCAGCAAUGGAAACAACCAUGGAAGAGACUUUAGCAUUAUUCUUGACCCCCAUGUCUACAAUGUCAACACUUCGUCCAGUCCUGUCAACCCAAAUGAUCUAAGCAGACCUGCUGUGGUAACAGCAGUAGAUGGUGGAGGAGUUGCUGGACUUGUUCGCGGUUUCCAUUUCGACCAAUCUGACGAAUCGGCUACGGAAAUACUGGACGACGGUUCAGUUGAUGGAAUUCGCAAGGAAUAUACUUUCGCGAUUAUUCGAGGUGUCCCCGUCCGUGGUUUUGCUAUCAUCAAUGGCGGACAUGCUCAGCUUCAGCUGAGUCAGCAAGGCAUCGAAUGUGUGCGACGCCUUAUCUAUGAGCUGCUUCAGCAUAUGCCAGGUCUGGAGGAGUGUCAUCUGCCGAGUUCGAGUCCAAGUUUGCUUCGCGUGGAGCAGCUUCUCCAAAAUAUGAAGAUCGAAUUGACUGAAGAAGAUCUGAUUCAGCGCAUUGAGAAUGCCUCGGAUACAGAUUUGAUACCAUGGGCAACAGAAACCACCAUUUGGGCCAUCCAACAAUGCAUUUUAUCUCCAUGGUUAUGCGAGAUUGUGAGGCCGAAGCACCCUGCCGGCAGGGUCACUUUUCCGCUUCCCGGAGAAGACCCUGAGUUACAGCAAUCCCGUAAUAACAGCGCUGACCCGUGGGAUCAACUUUCAGAGGACUUACAUACAGCUAAUAUGUCACUGAAGCGUUUGGUGGAUUUCUUGACAAUGUUGCCUCAUACGCAAACGGACUUGGUGCUAGAUUUUGCUUGUGCGGGAGCGCUAAGCUCGGUUUCAACUAUUCAACGCAAGCUAACUUACUUCAGGCGCAUAGGACUAAAGCUCACCCCUCAGGAUAUUACCAAUAUUGAAAACGCAAAGAAGAGCACAAGGAGGUAGCGCGCGACGCGAAAGAUGCUAAAUGUACUACGCAGCAGAAGAUAGAUUAAUGGCAAUAUUCCUGCGGGUUUAACCGAUCGCAUAA